AUGGUCUACAACCCCGACAUCCCGUCGACGUGGAGCAUCAAGCAGCUUCUCGAGUACGCACGGCAGCGCGAGAUCGACGUACCGAGCGGGUGCGAGAAGUCAGAGUUGGUCACCAUCGUCGACAAGUACAUCACAGAUGAACUUAUUGCAGAGAACAUUCGUAAAGAAAAUGCGCUGCGCAUGGAUCUCAUUGCAGACAUCUUAGGCACCAGCACGGCGUCCAUUCUACGGCAUGUGGCGCACUCCUCCUACACCAGCGUGCUGCGUCGCCAUCCAGAGAAACUCCAAGCAAUCAUAGUGGCGGGCAUCGAGCAGCUCCAGUCACUCCAGUUUGUUGCACAAUUAUGCAGUGUGCGAGUACACAGCCCGGUGCUAGCGUGGCUAGUCCUCUUGACCUCGGAUUGCGUCGAUGGCAAGUGUCUGCUGACCACCCUCAUCCCACCGAACAGUGACGUAGCAGCCUCGCCGGUCUGUGGACACUUCUGUGGAGAGCAGGAAAUGGUGGUGCGCUGCCUCGACUGCGGUGCCGACUCCACGUGUGUGAUGUGCAUGGAUUGCUUCCGCCACUCCCCGUGUGUCAACCAUCACUACCGUAUCACACAGAGCUCCGGUGGUGGCAUGUGCGACUGUGGCGACCCAACCGCGUGGAACCCGGAGUCUUUCUGUAGCCGUCAUCGCGCCGCUGCAGCAGCCGCAGCACUGGAUGACCGGAACAGCGUGUCCAGCCCCCUCGACUUCAUGGCAGAAGAGGAUCGGAUGUGGGUGGUGCCGGUGCUGCGUGGAAUUAUUCAGUUUAUUGCCGUUACACUCCUGCAGCACACGCGUCUGCAGGUGGUGUGGAAGAAAGCGCAGUCGCGAGCGGAAAGCCAGCUGAGGGCGGCGAGCAGCACUGACCUCGGCACUACAACUCGGAGCUGCACUAGUGCCGCAGGUAAUGCAGCCACUGCACACGCUAGCGACGCGGAAACUGCGCUGCUGAACGAUGUGGCUCGCAUGUCAGACAAGUUCGACUGGCUGGAGGAGUGGAUGUUAGAGGUGACUCGACGGCUAUGGGAGAUUAUCCAGGCCAGUGAUGUGGCUAAACACCUCGUGGCACAGCUCUGGGCAGAGCCGGUGCGAAUGGCGAUGAGCGGCGGUCCAGGCGUAGCUGCCACCGCCACGCACAACAACGAGGAAGAAGCAGGCGAUAAGACCAGCACAGCCUCCUUGAUGACGGAUCCCGUCCUUGACGCGCUGCCGCCCAACUUCACCUGUGUGCACAUGGUGUUCCUUCACGAGGCAUCUCAGCCUGUCACGGCCCAUGAGAAGCCGGUGAAUGCGAUCAGCCGAUCCGCGCCGUGGCUCAAUGACCUUCUUCGGUGUGUCGGCCACUGCCUAAGCGACGCCACGUUUCGCUUCCCGGUCGGCGGGCUCAUGGCGACGUAUGCUGAGUACAUCAACACACAGGCACGCAUUGAGGACAAUGAGUGCCUGUCACAGUACCAAACACAGGUGCUAACGAACCCCGACGUGAUUCGCCACUUGAUGACGCCUGCCCACCUGCCCUACAAGGCGGCAACGAACACAGUGCUACACAGAGAGCUGAGCUCGUUACUCUACGCGUUAUGGCUCGCACGUGACACCGUCGGUGGUACCUCUGUGAACCCGGUGACGAGUACGGCGGCGCUUUCGCGCGACGGGCUACUCUUUAUCGCCCAUCAGGCUACGUCCGUCUCGCUGGCGAGUGUGACCGCGCUGCAGUCGUGUCUGUCUGUGUCUCCUGCAGCGUGUUACACACUGGUGUUGAACCGACUCGCGUGGCGCGCCUUUGUGCAGCUCGCCGGCAGUCUGGCCAUUAGUGGCUACAUCUGCAAGAACCCCAACGCACCGACGGACUCGCAGCACUACCCCACGCCGGAUUUUAUCGGCCACUGCAUCUCACGGAACACGUGGUUGUGGUUGCAUGCCAUGCGGGUAGUCCUGUCCUGCCUUCUGCGACUACCCGCAUCAGCAGCAACGGAUUCAUCCACCUCAAUGCCCACCCUGCCCACCAACGCCAUCACGGAGGCGCUAGGGAUAACCACGGAGCUCUGGGAGACGUGGCGCGGCGCCAUCGCGUUUGAUACACCACCGGAUCGCCUGCGGCAGAAGGGCGCGCUGCGGGAGAUGCUGUCGGCGUGCCGGGUGGUGAAUGGGACGGAUGAAUCCCUCUUGCUCCUGGAGCACGGCACCUUGGCGGAGGUGCAGUCACGCGCCCUGCGGAAGCAACCACUAACAGAGCAACCAGAAUCGGCAGCGAACGCUGAGACAAGCGUCAUGGCGGCCCCGGCGUUGGCGACGGCAAUGGGAUACAUAAUGCAAGUUCUCUAUGAAAUUGGUCGGACUAUGGAUGUCGUCUUCGAGAAGCAGCGCGACGGCUUUUGCCGGGGGUGUCGCUCCACCGUGCUGAAGCGAAGGACCUCCACGGGUUCGCCGCGCAGUCGACAAGCGGUGACCCAUGAUAGAACUUCCCUAAAGAACGAGGCGCGUGACGCGGACACGCCGGCGGCAGAAGAAGCCCAGGCCGACGAGGAGGCAAACCCAAAGUGUCGUGCGCCACAGUCGCGCCCCUUGCGCUUGCCGUCGACGUGCUCGGUGGACAUUACAAAGUACACCCUGUUAGAGCCGCACGCGCACGCCACUACCCUCUCCAACCACCUUCCUCGUAUCUUCGGCGCUGUUCUCAUGGCAUGGGUCAUUGAGCACCAACACGCGACGUCUCUGCGCCAGGGCGCGGUGUCACCGUCCUCGCCCGUCUUGGCAGCGGAGCUCGCGACGACUCGCAUCUCGGGCCUUCCAAGUUCAAGCAGCAAUACUUCCAAACCAACAGGGGAGGCAUCGGGCCUGCCGGUGGCCCCCACACACGCCAGCCGUCUUCUGCGACCUCUGCUUGACGCUUUUUUUCAGAUGCGAGCUGAGUUGAAGCGCAACGCGCAGGAUCGGCUCACCUUCUCUCAGCAGCUCCUCGACUCCUUGGUCAUGCCGCAUGUGCUGGCUGGUCAGGUCUUCGACGGUCUGUGGCGCCGUGGCGAUUACGACGUUUCCUCUGCCGUCACCAUGUACCUGACCUUCUCCUGCAGUACGUCGGCAGAGUUCGACGUCCUAAUGAUGCAGGUGCUGACGAUGGAGCUGGCGCCGGCCGACAUGGCGCUGCAGAUCCUUCAGCGCUUCUCUUAUGCAAAGCGAAGCCCGAGCGACCCUGACGCAGAGCACUCGAAUCAGGCGCCGCGGCGACGUGCCAGCGCUCCGCACAGGCAACUCCCAGUGGAAAAGCCCCCGGAAGCCUUCCCCGCGGUGCUGACAGCGCGGCGGUCGUUCUUCCGGCGCUACAUGAACGGCUACAGGCACUUUUUGAGGCUCAUUCUCACGAUCGUCACGGAUGUGUCCAAGGCGGCCUUCCAGGCCCCCAUGUCCUCGCACAGCAUUGACCGCAUCGUCGCGGGCCUUCUCGCGCGCGGGAAGGCCUCCCACUCCACCAUCGUCGCCAAUGUCAACGGAACCGCCCGCGGCGGUGACUACGGCGACGCCGACGAGGACGAGAUGGACUCCAGCGGCAACCUGAUCAAGUUCUUGAAGCUGGUCGACGCCGCAAUCGGGAAGCUGGCCCUUGCCGAGGACUCGACUCAAGGGAAGAAGUUUCGACUGAAGGACGUGGAUGUGUGGCGCACACACGUGAACCUGUACCAGGUCGGGGUCAUCGAUAGUCAGCUCGACAUGUUUUACAAGACGUAUCGCUACCUCGUCAACGCAGCGAAGGUGGAGAAGCAGAAGGAAGCGGAAUCGUGCGCGCUCGCUGACGGCGAGAAGGACGACGAUACAACGGGCGGUGGCGGGCGGCAACAGCAGCAGCGCAUCUCUCUCCCACCCACGCAGCUCUCCGACACGAACAUGUACGCAGAACUGGUGCCCACCACCCGGGCGCUGCUGCACACGGAUGCCGUCCUGUUGCCGGCCCUCUACAUAUUGCACGAGUACGUGAACUACCACGCACCCGUUGCUGUCGCUGCCGCCCCGGAUGCGAAGGCUGCGUCGGCGCACGAGGAAGGUAUAACAUCCACUGCUGCCUCGGCAGAGGCGUUGCCGUGCUCUCGGUACGGCAACGCUAUGGACGAAGGCGAUGAGGAAGAAAGUCAAGACACCGAAAGCGGGACCGAGGAUGGCCACAACAGCGACGACGCAGAAGACGCCAAUCCAAUCACGCGUGAGGCGUUGCUGCACGCCACCACAACCUUGUACCUGUGCGUACAAGACUGCGUCUCCAUCACUCAGGCCAUGCGGGCUAUCGAAGGCGACAACGACGACGCUGCGUCCGCCGCAAAGAAGGGGUUCCUCUCGUGGGACCUCGUCGAGCUGUACCUGCAGCGAUUUGGCAUCAACGAGUCCUCCUUCACACAAGCCUCGUGUGCGCAGUGGCUGCCAAUGUCGGAGCUGGUGCCAUGCCGCACCUUGGUGCAGAAGCUGCAGACUCCUGUUCAACUCCACACCUCCCCGUCAAAUGCCACGCCCAACCUCACCGCCACUUCCUCCUCCGCUGACAUGCUACACCGUCUGCGUGAUUAUCUGCUAUCGAACAAAGAUGCGGACCCGUACGGGUGCCUGGAGAUGGUGGAGGCGGUGCUCGUGCAGACUGGACUGGCCACCUUUAACACAGCCGCUUUGCUGGCCGAGUCGAAGACAAAUGAUGAGGCGGCGCAGAGUCGCAAGAAGCUCAUUCAGGAGCGCCAGGCCGCGCUGAUGCAACGCAUGCGCAGUCGCGCGCUGAAGGGAUUGGGGAAGACGAAGGCGGUCGCCACCGCCGGCAGCCUCCAGUCCUCGUGUGCAGCUGUCGCGCCGCAGCAGCAAGAAGGGCGCCGCGGCAUCAACAGUAGCGACGACACCUCUGGCUCUGUGGGAUCGACGUCGGAAAAGUCCCCGACGGGCGGGGAAAUCGGCUCGCUUCUUACGAAGCUGCUGCUGGAGCUGGCGACGGUGGACUGCUGCGUGUGCCGCUCCCUGACGGAGGAACCGCUUUUUUUGCUCUGCCAUACCAGCACCUCUGGGGUGCUAGCUCAGCUUGGCGCGCUCACGCUGCCGGACGGUCGCCAUGUGCACAGCCACCUGACCAUGUGCGGCCACGCCGCGCACAAGUCGUGCGUGGAGAAAGUGUUCGUCCGCCUGUCAGUCCUGUGGCAGCGGUGGAACUUCCGGAGUCAGCUCUACCUCGGCCCCACGGAGUUCAACUGCCCGGUUUGCAUGACAAUCAUUACGGCCCUGUGCCCGAUGCCAAUACUGCCCGGCAGUGGCAACGGCGACUUGGCCACCCCCACCUCCCUGACAGCGAGAGUGCUGUCGUCCACUUUGACCCCUGCUGCAUCUCUCUUCGAGGAACUUCGAAACGGCACCGUAUCGACCAGAAACCAGCGUGCCGUUGACGUCGCGGUGGAGUUCCACAGAACCUUGGCAAACGCCGCCGUUGGCUUCAGCCCGUCCGAAGAUGUCCCCACCAUUGUGCCUGUCGAAGACGAGCUCCAGCAGAAGAACGAGGCCGCCUGGCGACUGUCCGAGGCCAUCCGUACCUUCUGUUACGCCUGCCACCUGCAACUGGAGGCCGUCAAGGCGGGCCAAGACCUCAGUCAUCGUGACCUCAUCGGGCUUCUUUCGGUCCUGGUGAGCAUCAUGCCGGCUGAACUGCAGCGGCAGCAAGCGAACCUGCGCGCCAACUACGCACGAAACAUCCAAGAUAAAGAGAGCUUGCUGGUGAUGGACGCGCUGCUGCAGCCCCGAGAUGCGAGCAGGCUGAUCAGUGCUCACGUUAUGGCACAGGUGCUGCCAUCUUUGCCGACAAAUUUUGUUCGGCGGCUUGUGGCCUGUGCGAGUGACACCCAAAAGGACGACAAUGGCGAAGGGUCAUGUGCCAUGGCAGCAGCAACGUCGCUGGAGGCGGAGUUUACGGGCACUACGAUGGCGCUGUGGCGAACUUUAGGUGUCCUGACACUACUCAAAGCUCUCGUCGUGGAAGAUGUCCACCAUGGCGUCGUCCUCAGCAGCAGCACUUUCACCGUGGCCGGCGCCGUCACGUUCGCGACGCUGAGCGUAGCGAGUGUGCGUACCCCCGUGACCCGCCGCACCUCGAUUGUGCGCAUGCUGCAGUACCUUUUGCCUGUGGCGCACACGGGCCCGGAGACGGAGCUGCAGGUGGUUGCCCACGAUAUCUUGAGCUGCAUUCAGGCGACCACAACAAGUGACACCCUCCUCUGCGCCAGACCUGAAGUUGAAGUCGUGAAGUCAGCUGUGCCCUACACCACGCCUGAGGAAUGGGUUGCACAGCUUUCUGAGAUGCUGCUGCACCUGCCCUCCGUCUACGCCACCGUCCUAACACACUUUUCAGAGCACAAGCGGUGCACCAUAUGCCACCAAGAGCCCACAAAGCCAGUGGUAUGCUGCCGAUGCGGAAAGUUAAUGUGCAUGAAGCCGCUGAGCUCGCCACCGGAGCUGUACACACACACACGCACCUGCAGCGGGGCUGUUGGCAUCUUUCUCGUCGUCCGUACCGCCAACUUCUACGUGCUGGAGCUGAUGUCUGGGCGUGUCUACCAGUACCCCUCUAACUAUACGGACGAGUACGGAGAGCACGACCGCAACCUGCGUCGCGGCAUUCCUCUCUUCCGUAACGCCGAGGAGACCCAGCGGCUCGUCUUGACGUGGAUGCUGAACAAGUGGGGUGCCGUGUCCUCCAUUUUUGACAUCUCGAACCGCAUAGACCUCUCCACCCUGUAG